UUCGGGAGGGGAGGAGCUUGUGAUGUCGAGAUCGACCUGCAGGGCUCCAGAUAGGACGGAGUCUGUGACCGCAGCCGGGGAGACCGAUUACGGGGAGAAGGAACAGUCGCAGAGUCUGGCCGAUUACUCCUUCUCGACCGAGAAACCGCUGGUUUCUUCCAGGCUGAUAGGUCGGCGCAAGAGCUUGAAGGCCACUCCCGAAGGUGGGAGAACGCUGCGCGUGUCUCGCCCUAAACGCAAUGACACUCUGGAGAGCACUUGGAGGGCGAUCACGGACGGCAGGGCCAUGCCGCUGACACGCCACCUCAAGAAAUCAGACACGUGGGAGACCACGGAGCGCGAUGGGGAUCGUGGGGCCCGGCGUCCUCCCUUGUCGUCGGGCGCAGCAGCCAGGCUGAGGAAAGAGCCGUCAAUAGGGCAGGACGAUCUGAAUAGGAGGGUGGAGGCCUUCAUAAACAAGUUCAAUCAGGAGAUGAAACUGCAGAGGCAAGAAUCCUUCAAGCACUACUUCGACAUGAUUAACCGUGGAAGUCACUGACGUACGUACUAGAGUAUUAUUAUUAGUUACCUUCUCCCCCUGCUUAUCUUCAAUAUCCCAUCAGUAAUAUCACACUGUUUAAAUUCAAGCAAAGCUCUUGUUUUGGGUUUGUUUUGCAGUAUAAUUAAUUACCAAAACCAAAAUAAGAAUGUUAUGUCAAAAUUAAGAUCCUUCCUUGUCUAGGUCGUUACAGGGUGUCUGCUCGUGGGGUUUCUUGAUUAAUUUAAUUUCUCGUAAUAUGUUUUGAAUUUAA